AUGGGUGACUUCGAGGACGUGAUCGAUCUGCUGGAGUGUCCGUACAACGCAACGCACAAGCUGCUGUCCCACACCAUGGCACGCCACAUCAGCAAGUGUCGCCGGGCGCACGGCAUCCUGAAGCUCGUCCAGUGUCCGUUCAAUCCGGAGCAUCGCGUCCCGGAGCUAGAAAUGACGCUCCACAAGCUGGAGUGCGAAGACCGGGAGGCGUUCGAGCAGUACAAGUUUUGCUUCACCACUCUCACCUCACCGACUGAACCGAGGACGCCGGGACGCCGAGCAAAGGACACGACGGACUUGCCGACGGACUGCGGUUCACCCGCGGCCGCGGCCCGACGCAGAACACUGGCCGCCGUCCCGCUGGCGUCCACCGAUAGUCCGACCACGUCACCGCACCGAGUGUACGACCUGCGGACCACUUCCGGUCGGCUCGCACGCCAGGACAGCGGCAACCUACAGCACCCGGCCUCGCGGAAGCUUCCGACUGCCACCGUCGCCCCGGUGCGUGACAUCACCAAACGAUCGGUGGUCAGCUUGAUCGCGACGACGGCACCGGCCCCGACGCUGGACAAGGAGAACCCGAUCGCCAAAGCGGGCAGCGUUGGCGCGGUGCCGAGAUUCCGGACGCCCGUCAAGAUCUCGCAGCGGAAGCUGAGCAUCGACGACUUUCGGAAGCACUGGAAGCAGGUCCACAACGAGCGGAGGGCUCAGCUGCGCAGCAAAGAUCGGAGUGCUCGCCGCAGCUGCUACACGUGA